AACCCUUUUAAUUUCUCCAUUUUCUUUGUUUCCACUCGCCCUUUCAAUUUUAAGAAUUUUUUUUAAUUUUUCAUUAUGAUUUCUUAACCAAUGUUUAAUGUGUUCUAUGAAUUUUAGUUUUCUUAUUGAUUAAAUCAAUUUUGAGUUUAGAUGUAUUCAUAGAGCAAUUCUGACUAGGGCUUCUGUUAAGGACUCAAGGUCGCCCUGAUCGAAGACACUAUUGUUGCUCUUCUGAUUCAGAUACAGAUAAAUUGGAGAAGCUAAUAUAGGUUAAGAUCUUCCAUUUUGUGUUAGCUACAUACAAAGGUUUCUACUGCUUGACGCAAGUCCAUUUUCUUUAAAAAACAUUGGGUUUGUUUGUUCAAUACACAGAUUUAAUUUUAGAAGUGUGUGUGUGUGUGUGUUGUGAAGCGAGCAUUAAAGUACAAAACAAGAAGAAUGUUGACCUCCAGCACUUAACACUAGACUGAGCCAUAGAUCGAAUCGAGAGAAAGCAAAGAAUCAGAAUCUAGAUCGAAUUAGAAGCACUGGGCAAAAUAGAAUGCCAAAGAACUUCCUAUAGUGAGAAGAAGGGAGCACCAUCUAGAGAAGCAGAAGUUGAUCUUAUUGAGGCAUUAGACAGAAACAACUUAUUACAUGAUCUCAAUUCCUUAAAGGACAAUGAAUCUCCUAGUGAUACCAUUUGAUCUUAAUGAUGCCACUAUUUUUAUACUCUUUGAUCUUGAUGAUGUAGCCUUCAAAACCUCUCCCAUUGUACCACAAAAUAUUGAUUCCUCUAAGUGUAGUAAGGAGUCCAUGGAACUGCAAAAUAGUCUUUAGAAACAAAGCAAAAGCAUCGACACAAUCUAAGAUUUGAAUUGGGUAUUGAGGAAGAGCACUCGGGGAAAGUGAUGAAAAUUACAAUGAGGGUGUGCUAUGGUUGUUUUAAAACUUAAGUUCUAAAAAGGAACAAAUAAUAGAAUAAGAGAUCUUCAUUGAAGGUCCUGGGAGUGUACUACAGAACCAAAUGAAUAAAGCGAGGCGCAAAACAAAAAGCUAAGAAAUGAGCACAAGAUGUGAGUGGAAUUAAAACAUACAAUGUCUUGGCUCAUGUACAUUAUAAUCUUAUGUACUACUCUGUAUAACACAUAUAACAUGUAAAAUAGCAUCUUGCCUUUUAGAUAUAAUGCUGAGGAAACUAUUGGUGUACGUCUUGUUGGUGCUACUGCCGUAAUACUCCAAAUAGCACUUUGAAGCCUUGCAUUAUCCAACAUGUCUUAUUCUCCACUAUAUAUGGUGUAUAUCAUUUAUUGCUUGCUUCAUUGAUGUGAAUGACAAAGUUGCAGCAUCAGCUAUGGAUGCAAUUAGGAAUUCAGCUUGGUUUUCAUACUAUCUUUCCAGGAACUAGCCGGGAGACAUACACAACUUAGGGACUUGGCUACUGAUUUUAAAACAAAGAAAAAGGACCUUUAGGUGCAUUGUCCAUCCAAGGCCACAAUAGCUGAUCAUAUAGGUUCCACAUAGUCUAUUGGGGAGGUGUUCAUUAUGGCGAUGCAGCAAUUGUUGCAGGGUACCGACGGAUUAGUGGCUAUAUGAGCAUCUGGAUGUUUUAUGUUUAUAGGGUUGUCUUUCGAAUGAGAGUAGUGCCUAGAACUUUUCCAACUAUGCUAGGUUGGACUUCCCAGAAGCUUAAGGAAAGAGAAGGAUUGGAGCGGGAAUCAGGUUGUUUUGGCCGUGGUAGCGUGGACCCACAAAUCAAUAAAGAGUUGUUUUCAAAUGAUAUCAUGUCUCUUGAAGAUCCUUUUGGGAAAACAUCACCAUCACAGAACGACGUUUUAGAGGAGGCACGGACUGCUGCAAAAGAGUUGGUGCAAAAAAUAUCAAAGUGGGACACCGUCUGUAGAGGCUUGAAUAGUGAGUUCCCAAAUUCAAAUGCCGUCAAGAGAAUGCAACAAACAGCUGCAGAAGUGACUGUUGUUGUUGGUAAAAGUCCAAGAAUAACAGGUACUCCGAUUUUGGAAACAAAUGCGAAAAUGCAAUUCGAAGUAGUCCACGAGAGCCCAUCUUUCUUGGCUGAAAUAUCUCAACUUGAAAUGGAAUUUUUCUCGGUGAAGCACAACCUUGAGAGCAACAGCAAAGACUUGUCUCUGCCAUCAUUUAGAUUAGGGCUUACACCAGAGGAAAAAGAAAUUCAAAAUGAGCAGAUUCAACAUGAAGAGAUUCAGCAUGAGGAGAUUCAAACAAAGAAUGGAGAUGGCGCAACCCAAACAUGCAAUCUCACUGCAUUGGCAGAUGAUGUACAGAGUCAUCCCCAAAUUGAACCUUUCCGAGAGAGUGUAGUUCAAGGGAAACAAGAAGAAACUUAUCUUUUUCAGCCAACCCCACCAUUUACUCACUUUACUAGUCAAGAAAUUGCAUCCGGUCCUAGCCCUGUUCAAAGUCCUGUAUUCAUUAAAAGACGAUUUCAACCCCAAAGGAAGAAAGAAUUUCACGCGCCUUAUGUUCUCCUUUUUGGAUAAGAAACAUGCAAGCACUCUCACGGUUGAGCCGUGCCGAGAAGGUUCUCACGGACUACGUAUUCAACAAAUCUCUUGAACUUUGGGAAGUUUUGUACAAAUACAUGUUUUGUGAAAUGAAGCGAAGCGAUUUAA